AUGACCCACGACGAGAAGACCACAAAGACUGUCAACGAAGGAGGGGGAGGGCCGCUGCACUUUGACGAGGCACAUAAGCUGGGGAAGGGCGAUGAGGCGACGAGGGAGAUGAUUCGGAAUGCGAAGGUAGCGACGGAUAAAGAGCACGCCAUGUCGCUCUUGGACGGGGUCCGGCUGUACCCCAAGGCCAUCGCCUGGAGCAUCCUCAUCUCUACCUGCAUCUGCAUGGAGGGCUACGACGUCUGCCUCCUCUCAAACUUCUACGCUUUCCCGCAGUUCAACCAAAAAUACGGUGUCCAAGGCGCGGAUGGAACAUACCAAGUGCCGGCGCGGUGGCAAGCGGGGCUGUCCAACGGUGCAAACGUCGGCGAAAUCAUUGGGCUCUUCCUUAACGGUUGGGUGUCGGAGCGCUAUGGCUACCGUUACACGGUCAUGACUUGCCUCGUCGCAAUCGCGGCCUUCACCGCGAUCUUCUUCACCGCCAAGGACGUCAUCGCGCUCCAGGUUGCAGAGAUUCUAUGUGGGAUUCCGUGGGGUGUUUUCCAAACCUUGACGAUUACAUACGCCUCCGAAGUCUGCCCCGUCGCGCUGCGCGGGUACCUCACCACCUAUGUCAACUUCUGCUGGGGCAUCGGCCAGGUCAUCGGCAUUGGCGUGAUCAAGUCGAUGCUCGGGCGGACAGACGAGUGGGCAUACCGCAUCCCGUAUGCUUUGCAGUGGAUGUGGCCGUUGCCACUAUUUGUCGGUGUAUUAUUGGCGCCAGAGAGCCCGUGGUGGCUCGUGCGCAAAGGCCGGAUGGAGGAGGCGCGGAAGGCUUUGCUGCGGCUAACGAGUGUGGAGAAAGAGACGGACUUCGACGCGGACGAGACACUUGCGAUGAUGAAGCACACAACACAGUUAGAGGAGAAACUCACGAGCGGGGCGACGUAUUGGGACUGCUUCAAAGGGACGGAUCUGCGGAGGACCGAGAUCGUCUGCAUGUGCUGGGCGAUGCAAAAUCUGGCGGGCAACGCCUUCACCGGGUACUCCACCUACUUCCUGGAGCAGGCUGGGCUCGAGCCGUCUAAGUCAUACGACUUCGCGCUCGGGCAAUAUGGCAUCAACUGCGCGGGCGUCUUCGGCGCAUGGUUCCUCAUGUCGCGCGGCGUCGGCCGGCGCUCGCUCUACCUCUACGGCCUGAUGGGCCUGUGCACUAUCCUGAUGUGUCUCGGGUUUUUGGCGCUCGUGCCGGAGCGACAUCGGGACCAGGCGGCGCUGGCGACGGGGAGUUUGAUGCUCGUGUGGGCGUUGAUAUACCAGUGCACUGUGGGCACGGUGUGUUAUUCGCUCGUUGGCGAGCUGAGCACGCGGCGACUGUCGAUAAAGACGGUUGUGUUGGGCCGGAAUCUGUACAACGUCGUGGGCAUCAUCACCUCCGUGCUGACGCCGUACAUGCUGAACCCAACAGCGUGGGACUGGAGCAACUACACCGGCUUCUUCUGGGGCGGGAUCUGCUUCUGCUGCAUCAUAUACACGUAUUUCCGCGUACCCGAGCCACAAAACCGCACCUUUGCGGAGCUUGACCUGCUGUUCGAGAAGGGCGUGCCCGCACGCCAGUUUGCAAGCACGCGUGUGGACGUGUUUGACGACGCACGCUCGGAGCAGACCGCCGUGGCGGAUCGCGAUGUCGACGAGAAGCGCGGCGAGGAGAAGGUCGAGGAGAACGAAAAGGUCUGA